ACAUCUCCUCCUUUCCUUUUCUCGCUCACUUAUAAUAAAAUCCCUCAUCUCAUCAACCGCUUCAUGACUUCGAUCUUUCCCCGUGUCGUUCAUUAGACUGUUCUGACCCGAGCUCCUCACUCUUCCCGACUACUCCUCCUCCUCCUCCUAAUCCCGUCCCUACUUUGCUGCUUUCAGUUUCAAUCUCUCUCUCUCUCUCUCUCUCUCUCUGUCUCUCUCUCUCUAUAAUAAUUGAAGCUUAUUAUCAGUUCUUGCUAUGGAUUCUCUCCCCUUAGAGCUUCCCUUUUCUUAUAGGAUGAAUCGAUCUUAAUGUUAUAUGCUUAGCUUUGUUAAAGGGUUCCAGCUAUUCUUCCUCCCCCUUAUUGAGAUGAACAUUAACCGGUAAAAUAAUCAAUCAAUGGGUGGAAUUUGUUCAAGGAAGAGAGAACAACAGGUAAUUGAGGACGGUGUCAGAAGUGGAGUCUGUGGAAGGUACAGCAAAAGUGGAAGUUCAAAAUGGCUGGGAGCCUCACUUCCUCGACAGGUUGCAGACUUCCAGCCAGGAGGCAGUUGCCCAACCCUCAUGGACUUAUGCAUACACAAAAUACGCGAGGAUAUUGAGAAAUAUGGCUCAUUUUCAAUGCUGCCAAGGGAUAUAAGUCAGCAAAUCUUUAAUGACUUGGUAUUUUCACAUUUUCUUACUGAUGCUUCUUUUGAAGCAUUCAGAGAUUGUGCUCUCCAGGAUGUCCUUUUGGGUGAAUAUCCUGGAGUGAAGGAUAGCUGGAUGAAGGUUGUCUCUUCACAAGGAACAUCUUUACUUUCUGUAGACCUUUCUGAUUCUGAUGUCACAGAUACUGGAUUGGGUCUUCUCAAAGAUUGUUCAAACCUCCAAGCGAUGAUUCUAAACCAUUGUGACCACAUUUCUGAACGUGGGCUGAAACACGUUAGUGAUCUUACCAACUUGACAUCUUUGAGUUUCAAAAAGUGCAAUGCUGUUACUGCUGAAGGGAUGCGUGCCUUUUCCAGUUUAGUUAACUUAGAAAAGUUGGACUUGGAGAGGUGUCCCCGGAUUCAUGGUGGACUUGUUCAUCUUAAAGGACUUAUGAAACUGGAGUCUCUUAAUAUUAGAUGUUGCAAAUGUAUUACUGAUUUGGACAUGAAGGCUCUCUCAGGUCUCACUAGCCUGAAGGAGUUGCAAGUUUCCAACAGCAACAUCACUGAUUUGGGAGUUUCUUAUUUGAGAGGGUUGCAGAAGCUGAUUAUGUUGAACUUAGAGGGAUGCAAUGUUACCACCAGAUGCUUGGAUUCUAUCUCUGCUCUUGUUGCCCUUGCAUAUUUAAAUCUGAACAGAUGUGGUCUAUCUGAUGAUGGGUGGGAUAAAUUUUCUGGACUAAAAAACUUGAAGGUGUUGAGCUUGGGAUUUAACAAUAUAACAGAUGCAUGUCUGGUGCAUCUAAAAGGCCUAACAAAUUUGGAAAGCUUGAACUUGGAUUCUUGUCAGAUUGGUGAUGAAGGGCUUGCUAAUUUGACUGGCCUUCCACUUAAAAGUUUGGAGUUGUCUGAUACUGAUGUUGGAAGCAAUGGGCUCCGCCAUCUUUCUGGUUUAACUCAUCUGGAGGACUUAAAUCUGUCAUUCACCUUAGUAACUGACAGUGGUUUAAAGAAGCUAUCUGAAUUGACAUCUCUUAGAUCACUGAACUUGGAUGCUCGACAAAUUACAGAUGCUGGACUUGCAGCUCUUACAAAACUGACAGGAUUGAUACAUCUAGAUCUCUUUGGGGCUCGCAUUUCAGAUGCUGGAACAAAUUCUUUGCUAUACUUCAAGAAUCUCCAGUGCCUUGAAAUCUGUGGUGGAGGAUUAACUGAUGCUGGGGUGAAAAAUAUUAAAGACCUAGCCCACCUGACAGUACUGAAUCUAUCACAAAAUUGCAGCCUGACGGACAAAACCUUGGAGUUGAUUUCUGGAUUGGCAGAAUUAGUGUCAUUGAAUGUUUCAAAUUCUCUCAUAACCAAUGAGGGAUUGCGGUAUCUGAAGCCUUUAAAGAAUUUACGCUCAUUAUCUUUAGAGUCUUGCAAGGUGACUGCAUCAGAAAUCAAGAAGCUUCAGUUAACAGCACUUCCCAAUUUGGUAAGCUUUCGGCCUGAACAUUGAGAAAGCAAUAGUAAGACAUCCUGUAAAUAUCCUGCCAUCAACCUUGUGUAGCUUCAUGUACAGUGUAAUAAAUUUUUAUUGAAAGAAACAUAUAGGUUGGGCACAAGAAUGUGAUUGGUGUGUAUGAUUCCAGUGGUAUAUGUAAAUAUGGCUUGCUGCUGAUUGAACUUUACGUAGUGGCUGGUGCUCAGUGCAAACUACUGUCUAUACGCUGUAACUGAACUGCAGUUUGCAGUGUCAAACUCGGGUGGUGGAAUUUAAUUAAACAUGCCAGAAAUAUGCUAGUAAAUAAUAUUCUCAGAA